CGAGGGCUAUUAAGAAAACAAUCAGAGAUCAGAGCAGUGGUGAGGGACAGAGAGAGAAGACUAGAAAGAGGAAAAUGGGUUACGUUCUGAGAGUGAGAUUGGCGUCGUUCUUCACUGGAGCUGCAGUGGCUUCGUUUAUGGGGAUUUAUAUUCUUCACAGGGAUUACAAGGUUGCACAGGAGGCCAUUUCCCAACAGGUGAAAGGCCUCACCGAGUCAUUGGAUAGACGGAUUUUGGCUUUGGAAAAGUUGAAAGAAAAUGAAACUUCAGAAAAUGUGGGGACGACAGAGUAGUGCUUGAGGCACACUGUUGCAAUUUGAUGUUAUAACUCCAAGCAUGAUUUUUCUUACUAUGCAAAUGGUUCCCCCCCCUCUCCCCUUAGGGAAUAAUUACAACUUGUCUUGCGGCAUACUCAAAUCUGUUGAUGAAAAUUUCCUUUGAAUUUGAAUUUUGAUGUUCAGACCAGUUAAAUUGUGUUUGUGACAGCCUUUGUAAUCUGUAGGUAUCUGCAAGAAGUGAUGCAUUGUCUUUGUGAGUUAUUCUCUUUGUAUGCGGUGGUUGUGUUACUUAGUUCUGGAAUGCACACGAUGACUCCAUCGAAGAUCAUGUGGAAAUUAAAAAGUUUAUUUGCAUUC